AUGUCUCCUCCUAACACUGAUCUACUAGAUUUCUUGUCCGCCGAACUCACUCAGCGGGUCAAGGAGCACAUGAACCAAGCCCUGCUCCAGUUUAUACGACCGAAUUCCGCGUCUCAGUAUGCUCAACAUGCUCCCGAGUUGGCAAACUUCCGCGAGGCCAUCGCGCAUAGCGACUCGAAGGACGAUAUUGAUUUUCUACGCAGCUUCCGAGAAUUUGUUCCCACCACAGACUAUGAGCCUUACAAGCCAUACAUAGCAAAGUUUUUUGCGACCCAAUGCAAGGAGUCUGACGUAACAGACCUGUUCGCCCCAGGACUGCCUUACUGCUUAGCCAUGUCCAGCAUGACAUCUGGCAAAUCAUUAAAGAUGUUUCCAACAUACUGGCCCGCUCCGCACUUGUUGCACCACCCUCUAUAUCUGUCGCUUCCUCAUUCAGAGGGUAGUACCUUAUCACCAUCUUCUUUGAGUUUCGGGCAAGUCCUGAAAUUGCAUGGUGAGGACGGUCAGAGCUCCAAGACGUUGCCGGUCUGCUCUUUAACCGUCGGUUUUCUCCGAAUGCAAAAGAAUUGGGACAUCGAGUAUGAUAUGGACAGACUCAACUUGUGGGUUCCGGGGAAAACAGACCCAUACGCGAUUUCCUUGGUGAAGGGCUUUCGUGCUUUCUUCCUUUUGAACGCGCUAUUUGCACUCGCUGACCGUCGGGUGACAACCAUUCGCUUCCUCUUCGCCAAUGUAUUCGUCAAUCUAUUGCAAUACAUAGAGGAGGAGUGGACUCUACUUAUCGACUGCAUCGAGAAAGGGAUCAUUCCAGAUAUAGAAAAAUUAGACCAUUUGCGAGAACCUUUGGAGGUUGGAUGGGCCGUCCGUGUGUGGCCUGACUUGAAAAAGUUCAUCGGGAUCACUGGAGGCUCCGCUGCUGCAUCCGUUCCAAAGGCACGUCAAAUGUGGAAGGUUACUCACACCCUUGGACCUUCUGUCACGAUGCAGGCUCCUUGUUAUGGCAGUUCAGAAUGUUUUAUCGCCGUACCAUAUUUCAACGGCAACCCUAAUACCGACUUCAAGAUGGUGCCCGUAGAUGGGGUCACCGAGUAUCUGGAUGUGCGUUCCAACGAGCCUUCUGAGCGUGUAUUGUCCGCUUGGGAGCUUGAGACUGGAGGGCAUUAUGAGCCCGUCUUGACGACCCGCAACGGCAUGUGGAGAUACCGCAUUGGCGAUGUCGUCGUCGUUAAAGGCUUUGCGCCAGACGACGGAUUACCCGUCAUCAAUUACCUUCAUAGGCGAGAUGGCUCGCUUAAUCUGGCGUAUGGAUCAACGUGUACAGAAUCGCAACUGACGAACGCGAUCGUAUCUGCAUCUGAACGAUGGAUCGGCCAGAUCAUAGAUUUCACUGUUGUAGCUGACGACCGAAUCGCUCCAGUUACUUAUGGGUACUUGGUAGAGAUUGAAGGGGAAAUAGGAAAGGACGCGAAAAAGGCGGUACAGCAUACUUUUGAAGACCUCGCGAAAAACAAUGAGUAUCAUCUUGCGUUUUUGCAAGCGAGAAGAAGAAAGCCAACCAUCCGUCUCGUGGAGAGAGGCACGUUCACAGAAUAUCGCAGGCAGAAAUGCGACAAGACGAAUAUCUCGAUGGGCCAAGUGAAGGUUCCCAUCGUCCUAUCCAACGAGACGUUUAAGGAAUGGUUCCUGCAGAGAGUCGUCAUGGAGCUGUAAGGUAUUACACAAGAGUCUAAUUCGAUUUUGGUCGUUGAAAUUGUUGUCGAGAUGUCGAGGGUCUCUUGUACUGAUAAGCAUGUGUAUUUCGAUUUUUUUUGUUCUCCGCGGGCGGCCUCGCAACCAAGAGAACCGGAUAAGCUUAGCUGCUUAAAG